AUGAGUUAUCCGUCAGGACCAAGCAGCUAUUUCGAACAUCUGCCCCUUGAAUUGCAUCGCAUGAUUCUGGCUUUUCUGCCAGACUUCUCGUCCCUUCACUCCGUCGUAAUUGCCUCUAGAAGCGCUCAUGAUGCGUAUAUGCUUUCUACUCCAUCUAUCCAAUGGAGUGUGUUGAGGAGAUUGUUCUUCAAUGAGCCUCAAUUAGCCGCAGAAUCAAGAUGGCUGCAUGCGGCAUCUUACAUUCGGCGGAACACGCCAGAUUGGCACGACGACAUGGACGGAUUUUUAGCCUAUGCUGAAUGCAAAUUCGAAAAGCAAUGCGCAAAGGACCCCCGAGAGACUGUCACGGCAGAAGGACUAAGAUUUCAUAUCAUUAUCGAAGACUUGGCCAGCGCUUUUCCGAAAGCUGUCAACCAUCCAAAUCUAGACGGAUCGACGGGGGUGUCAGAAAGCAGCAUCUGGAAGAUCCCUCUACAGCUAGCAAAGAGUGUCAGAAUCCAAAGGGCAUUGUACCGCUUUCAGCGGAUCUGUCAGAUGUACCCUCGGAAUGUACAGCACCUAUGGUAUGAUGGACGGACUCAGAAGGAACAUCCGCUUGGUGACUUCAUUAGGCGGCUGCCUAGCUGGGAGUUGGAGGAGCUACAUUGCGUCUACCGCUACUUGAUCUCUAUGGUGUCAUUUCUUGAUGAUCCGAAGUACAGUUCUCUCGUCUGUGCUCAUGGUAUCGAGAAUGAAAUCUUGAGCUACCGAUAUAAAGAGCAAGUCAUCUCCAUGGGACUAAUCUUCCUGCACAAGCUGGUCACAGCGCCACUAGAGACACGAUUAGCACUCUUGAAGCAGUAUUGUCACCCUCAGACUUCAACGCUAUCGGAUGUCCUUCCAUUGGACGGCGCAAACAGACCGGCUUGCAAACGUGCUCAAGAUCGCUUAGCAUCCAGCCCUUGUUCGGGCCCCGCGCGGGCUGGGGUUUAUUGGGAUUGGCAUCCCUCAGAGAUCGCAGUCGCACAACUUUGA